GUUGGGAGGGCGAAACCAUCGAGCGCCUAUAAAGGGUUUACUCAGACUAUCUCAGAGCCAGUCUCGUGAAGGGUUAUUAUUAUUAUUAUUAUCAUUAUUGUUGUUGUUGGCUACAUCCCAAAGAGCUCAGGGUCUAUUUUGCAAUCAUAUACGACCGUCCACUUGAAUUUGUAAAGAUCUUUCAACAAUUUUGAUUUUUUUAUAUUGUUUUAUUAGGAUUAAACGUGAACUGGAAGUAAAAAUGGCGACGGCGACGAGUCUAAAAGAGGCGAUUGGGCGUUUUGAGGAGGCGGAGUACCACCGCCGGCUCCUCUCGGCCCCCCCCGGGACCGACGCGGAGGCCUUUCCCAAAGUUGUCGCCGCCGAGGAGGGGAAAGUGUUGUUGAUUGGGAUGCUUCCGCCGAUCGUGCGGAUGGAUAAGGAAAUCACCCAACUUAAGGCCUGUGUUCACCUCGGCCUCAGCACCAACGCGAUCGAAAAAAUAGGCCCCGGGCUCAAAGAACUUAAAAAUCUUCGCAUUUUAUCUCUCGGACGGAAUAACAUUCGCAAGCUUGAGCAGUUGGAUAUUCCACAUCUCGAGCAGUUGUGGAUCUCGUACAACAAGAUUGAUAAGCUGACGGGGCUGGAUAAGCUCAAAAGCUUGCGGAUUUUGUAUAUGAGUAAUAAUUUGGUGAACAGCUGGAGUGAGAUUGAUCGCUUGUCGAAUCAAUGUCCGGAUUUGGUGGAUGUUCUUUUUGUCAACAAUCCUAUUUAUAAUAGCGCGCCGAGCACGCAGGAAUAUCGAUAUAUGAUGCUUCAGCGGCUGCCAAAACUUACCUGUUUAGACGGUGUGCCUGUGGAUCCGGAAGAAAGAGAGGAAGCGGAUCGUCGACGUUAA